CCACGUUUGUUUGCUUGAUUCAUAGUGUGCAUACGCUAACGCUAACUAGGCCAGUGAGUAGCUCUUGCACUCGUAAGACCCUUUGCCCUCUACAUUAGCAAGCAUGUUCCUAACGCGAAGCGAGUAUGACCGUGGCGUGAACACCUUUAGCCCUGAAGGUCGUUUAUUUCAAGUAGAAUAUGCGCUUGAGGCUAUUAAGUUGGGAUCUACAGCCAUCGGCAUUCGCACGAAGGAGGGCGUGAUCCUAGCGGUUGAGAAGCGCGUCACAUCUCCGCUGCUGGAGCCCAACAGCAUUGAGAAAAUUAUGGAGAUCGACGAGCACAUGGCAUGCGCGAUGAGCGGGCUUACGGCCGACGCAAAGACGUUGAUAGACCAUGCACGUGCUGAUACGCAGCAACACCGCUUUUCCUACAACGAGCCCAUGCCGGUGGAGUCCACCACGCAGUCCCUGUGCGACCUGGCGCUACGUUUCGGGGAGGACUCGGAUGAGGGCGGCGGCAUGAGCCGGCCAUUCGGCGUGGCGCUGCUGAUUGCCGGCUGGGAUGACAAGGGGCCGGCGCUCUACCACACCGACCCCUCCGGCACCUACGUCAGCUACUCCGGCAAGGCCAUUGGCAGCGGCAGCGAGGGCGCACAGAGCAGCCUGCAGGAGGCGCUCAAGGACAAGCCCGACAUGAGCCUGGCGGAGGCGGAGGUGCUGGCGCUGGGCACCUUGAAGCAGGUCAUGGAGGAGAAGGUGACAGCGACCAACGUGGACAUCGCGCGCGUGGCGCCCAAGUUCCACUUGUACAGCACGGAGGAGGUGCAGGCGCUCAUCAACCGGCUCUGAGGGAGAGGGAAAGGGGGAGAGGAGGAGGCCCUGAGGGCGCGAGGGAGCGAGGGCGUUCUGUGGGCGAGGAGAGAGGGUUUCGGUGCACAGCGCCUGUGUGCGAGGAAGCAGGAGGGGUAGGGAGAUAGGCCCCUGGUAGGGGCACCUGGAGGGCACAAGGGCAAGAGGGCGGAGGCUGAUCUGCUCUGGGGCGGAUAAGGUUGGAGGAGGGUUCAUGAUGGGUUGAUGAUGGGUGUUGUGAUAUUACCGUGUCCAAUGCUGCUGAUGCAUUGUGUUGUUGCCGCGUUUAAUGCUGCUGCGUGUUGCUGUGAUGUCAGCUUGGAUGCGGGGGGCCUGUAAUGUCGCCAGGUCGUUGGGUGGAUGGAAGUGGUGUGGAUCAGCGCCGUCCGACACACACAGGUGACCUUCAUGCAGGUCGUUUGCAAGCUGGCGGUGCCGGAUUGAGCGCUGGAUAUAGGGUCAAAUGGAUAUGCUUGGUCUAUGCUUUUGGCUAACGCCAUGCCUUUGGAACCAUAGUUGGCACGAGCUCCAUUACCACAGCAAAGGUGGGAUGCCGUGGAUCCCACCAGCCGCCGUUCCUGGUGCCCCGCGAUGCUACCAUCUCACAUGCAGCUGGUCACAUACAUCCAUAGUCAAGGCAAGUGAAGGCGUCUGCAGUCGUAAAAUGUAGAAACCAGUAGUCCUAGUAGAAAUUGCAAAGUUACGCCGGUCACAG